AUGCUGUCGCGCUGCUUGACUGGGCUGCUGACCCUGCAGUCGGUGCUCGCGAACCCAGUGCCUUCAGGCUACCCAACACCACCAAUCGUCAGAGAUGGCGAACUGGGCGCCGUGGCUUCGGAGAGCGACAUUUGCAGCCACAUUGGCGUGGAGUUGCUGAAGCAGGGUGGCAAUGCCGCAGAUGCGCUAGUUGGCACUGUAGCUUGCGUGGGAGUGGUUGGCAUGUACCAUUCUGGUAUUGGAGGCGGAGGCUUCAUGCUUGUCCGAGCACCCAAUGGCACCUAUGAGUUCAUCGACUUUCGCGAAACAGCACCCGCUGCAGCAUUCGAGGACAUGUACAAAGACAACGAGGCCGCCAGUCUCACCGGCGGGCUGGCUUCUGGUGUGCCUGGCGAGCUACGCGGUCUGCAGUACCUUCACGAGAACUACGGCAAGCUCCCCUGGGCGACGGUCCUCACGCCAGCUGUCAAGGUUGCGCGCGAAGGAUGGCGCGUCAACGAGGAUCUGGUCAGCUACAUCGUUUCUGCGACUGCGAGCAUGAAUGCAACCACAAACUUCUUGCUCAACGAUGUGGAGUGGGCUAUUGACUUUGCGCCCAAGGGCCGCAUCGUUCAGCUGAACGAGACCAUCACCCGGAAGCGUUACGCAGACACUCUGGAGACCAUUGCCCACGAGGGUCCCGAUGCCUUCUACGAAGGUCCGCUGGCUGAAGCCAUGAUCAACGCUCUCCAAGCCAGGAACGGCACCAUGACCCUCGAUGAUCUCAAAAACUACACCGUCGCCCUCCGCAAGCCCUCGACCAUCACAUACCACGACUACAAGCUCACCGCAUGCAGCGCCCCCAGCGGUGGCGAGGUCGCCCUGGCCAUCCUGAAGAUUGUCGAAGGCUACUCGGGCUUCGGCAACCCAGCUGCCAUCAACCUGACCACCCACCGCCUCGACGAAGCCAUGAAAUUCGCCUACGGUAUGCGCGCCGAGCUCGGCGACCCCCUAUACCUCGAGGGCAUCGACGAAUACCAGGAGGACAUGAUCUCGGCCGCGACCGCCGCCGAAAUCCGCUCCAAGAUCAGCGACACGCAGACCUUCAACGUCUCAUACUACGACCCCAAGGGCCUCGAGUCGCUCGAGACACCGGGCACCUCGCACAUCGUGGCCGCUGACAAAUCCGGCCUCGCCAUCACGCUCACGACCACCGUCAACCUACUCUUCGGCUCCAAGCUCGUCGUCCCGGAGACGGGCGUCAUCAUGAACAACGAAAUGAACGACUUCUCCAUCCCCAACACCACCAACGCAUUUGGCUACAUCCCCAGCCCAGCCAACUUCAUCCGCCCGGGCAAGCGCCCGCUGUCCUCCAUCUCGCCCGUGAUUGUCGAGCACGCCAACGCCUCCCUCGCAGACGCCUUCUACGUCGCCAUCGGCGCCGCGGGCGGGAGCCGCAUCAUCACCUCCACGGCGCAGAACCUGAUCCACAUCCUCGACGGCAAGUUGUCGACGGCCGACGCGCUCGCGCAGCCGCGCAUCCACGACCAGCUCGUGCCCGCGCAGAUCUCGUUCGAGCGCACUUUCAACAACGGCACCACCGCGUUUCUGAAGGGGCUCGGUGCGAAUGUGACAUGGGCGGCGGCGGGGAGUACGGCGCAGGGUCUCAGGCGGCUGGGCAACGGCACGUUCGAGGCGGCGGGCGAGCCGCGGCAGGUUAAUAGCGGGGGGUUUGCGGUGUAG